AUGGCAUACCAACCAGACAUCGAGACAUACCAUAAGCACCUCCCUGACUUGUCCAUCCCCCGCUUCACUGAGAUGCAAAAGCAGGAUGCCCAUGAAUACGCCAAAGCAUUCAUUGAAGGGGGGAACCCCCCAUGGCUUCAUGGCCUCUACCUUCACUGGCUGAAGCUCUACCAGGAGCCUUUCAAGGGCGUAACCAGCGAUGGAAACGUAAAACCAAACCUCUUCCACCUCUCCCCAGAAGAAAUCCCCAUCUCCUCCAUAGUCACCGCCACCACCAACCUCCUCUCCCUGUUGUCCCCUUCCCAACUCAAAUCCACCCUCUACCACAUCGACUCCCCCGAAUGGCGCACCUGGUCCAACCCCGAAUUCCUCCUCUCCAACAAAGGCAUCCGCCUCGACGAGCUCACCCCCCUAAUCCGGGAUGCCGUCCUCUCAGUCCUCCAAUCCUCCCUCUCCCCCGAGGGCUACCACAAAGCCCUCUCGGCCAUGCGCAUCAACCACUUCCUCGGCGAGCUCGUCUCCGCCCCGAAGAUCUGCAACGAGCACUCCUACAACUUUGUCCUCUUCGGCUCCCCCUCCACCACAACACCCUGGGGCUACUCCUUCUACGGCCACCACCUCUGCCUCAACCUCUUCUUCUACAAAGACCAAGUGGUGAUAAGCCCGUGGUUCACAGGCGCAGAGCCAAACAUGAUUGACUCGGGCCCCUACAAAGGAACCCAAAUUCUGCAGCGGGAGGAGAAGUUGGGGUUGCAGCUGAUGCAGUCUUUACCGGCCGAGAAACAAACACUCGCGCAGGUGUAUAAGAAUUUAGAAGAUGACGCCAUGCCAAAGGGGAGGUGGAACCACGACGACCAACGCCACCUUUGCGGUGCCUAUCGGGACAAUAGGGUUGUUCCUUAUGAGGGGGUGUUAGUCUCGGAGAUGACCCAGUCCCAACAGGAUCUCGUUGCGGAGAUCUUGGACGAGUACCUCCUCUACCUCCUCUCCACUGCGAGGAAGAUCAGACUUGAGCAGCUGAAGGAGUGGUUUCACGAGACGUACUUUUGUUGGAUUGGCGGGUUUGGGGAUCACGAUGCGUUUUACUACCGGGUUCAGAGCCCCGUGAUUUUGGUCGAGUUUGAUCACCACUCGGGGGUUUUCUUGACGAAUAAGGAGCCGGCAAAGUUUCAUAUUCAUACGCUGCUUAGGACGCCGAAUGGGGGGGAUUAUGGGAUGGCGUUGAGGGGGUUGGUGAAGGAGGGGGUGGUGGAGCAGAGGUAUCUUUGGGAACCGUAG